GGCCGUGUUUACUUCAACGCGAACUCUCCUACAGCAUCAGUAGUCGUCCAGGGAUCGAAGCAGUGAGCUUCGCGCAUUCGUUUGAGACAAAGACGUGCUCUUUUUUUUGCCUUCGCAUAAGCAGCUGUCCCGAGUCAUGGUCCCCAAGCCAGACAACAAGCUGACCGCCUGGUACGUGAACGAACCGGACAAGGUGCUGGACGCCCAAAGGAUCAAGCAGAUCAUCGGGGACGGUGCAGAGUUCUAUGAGACUUCGUCGUACGAAGACGCCGUCGCCGUGCUGGAGUGCAUCAGACAGAGGAAGAAAAUCCGCUACGAAGACCGCCUCCAUCUUUCGCCGCACAAGGACGACUACGUGAGCAUGACGGACAUGUUCCGGCGCGAGCACAAGCACCCAGAUGAGGAAGUGCGCUACUUUGAGCGCGGCACGGGCUUCCUGGACGUGAGGGACAAGUCCGACCGGUGGCUGCGGGUGCAGGUCCAGGCGGGCCACCUGCUUGUGCUGCCACCGCAGAUAUACCACCGCUUCUCACCGGCCACGCAACAGGAGGAAAUAGUGGUUCACCGCCUCUUUGAAGAUGUGGACACCUGGACAGCAGACUUUAGGGAUGAAGAAGGCGACUCAUCCAAUUAAUUUCCGCUUAGCUUUGUUGCACGUGACUGCUUGGUGCAUGCUCCACUUUGUGUUUAUAGACCACUUGCACCUUUCACAACGGCUGCACCGAGCUUUUCACUUUGUUUUGAUCCUUUUUGCGUACACGGCAGGUAAAUGUCGUUAACAUCUCGGAGUUAUGCUUGGCACGCAACACCACAGUGUACAGGGCCAAUGGAUAACUUCUCAGGCUUUAUCCUGCCAAAUCUACUUUUAGAGCAAAAUGAGGCACCUAGUUUUUGUUUGGUUACCUCGUUGAUCGCCUUUGUUUCGGAGAUUUUUGUGCAUCCCAAGUUUGUGCAUGAAGUUUUUCAAUGAUAAACCUGGGCUAAAAAUAUGUUGACAUGUGAAGGCAUAUCUUAGUGUACCACACAAUACUUGUGAACAUACUACCAACACUGAUUAGUACUGGCUUAAAGGGGCCCUGCUACACUUUCUUAAGUAAUCAUCGAAUAACCUCACUAUCUGAGGCGCUGCCUCUUGAAUAGAGUGCUGCACAAAUUUCUCGAAUCGGUCAACUAUGAGUGAGCGGAGUUGCAGGGAUUUUUAGUAUGCCUUUUGCCCCGACGAGCAAGCUGAAAUCUACAGGGGGACGACAAAGGGGCAAUAAGGUAUGUCAGCGCACAUCGAGACCCUGAGCACUUUGCCUUUUUUUCUUUGAAUGGGUAGGCUCACUUAUGAUGUGAUCACGAGUGUGUUAGUGUCACCACUGCGUAGUUCUGUACUUGUGGACAACUUUUCUUGGCAAUGAGGGAAAGGCUACGGGGGUAGAGCUACUGCACAUGUACUGCUCCGCGAAGUAGUCCAGUUCAGCGCGUUUCAUAUUUAGUUUUGGUUUUUGAACCUUCUGUAUCUCCUGUAAUGGCCAUUUGAUUAUUCAAGCGGCUGUUACAGGCAUACACAGCCUGUGAAAUUCGUCACAAGCUCCCUCGGCGAGCCGUUGGAAAAGGUGGAGGGUGACGAGCGCUCACCUGAAGAUGAAGAUGCCAUCUUGACUGCAAGGUGCACGUAAAAGGUGCGACGUUUUCACAGGCACAAAAAUGCGAAAUGACACUGCAUAAAGUAAAACAAGUAUAAAUAUCUCCUUGGUGCGUGUUGGCCCUCUUUUUAAACAGCGCCCUGCAGAAAAUAAUGUUUUUUUUAAUUCUCACGCAGAAAAACUGACGCAAUUGUGAGACUAUAUUUUUCAGCAGUAGCACACGCGUAGUUAGGCUCUGUAACCUUCCCUUCAUUGUAAAGAAAAGUUGUCCGCGAGUAUAGCACACUACAGAGAGCGGCGCUGCCAAGUGGCAGCACUCGUGGCGGCUGCAGUAACUAAGCAGCACAAGAAUGCUCGAAUUAGCCAAUGGUAGUGUCCUCUCCUUCAUUGACAUUGUCGGGCUCGUCAUGCAAUUUGCAGAGAAGAGCGAGAAAUUUCUAGCUGUCUUUGAAGUGUAGUUGUAAAUUCUAUGCAGUGUGCAGUGCUACUAUUGUAUUUGGCUCGCAAUUCACAGGAGCCUUGACUACCGAUCGGCUUUUUCUAACCACAUUUAAGAAGUGUUGCAGGGACCCUUUAAGGUUGCCUAAUCAUUUAUUUAAUCCAAUGACCGAGCUAACAAUUUUACACAGUUGCAGUUUUUCAGAUAAAUCUCAUGCUUCAGCAUUUUUCACCCAAUUCUUGCCAUCACAAGAGCGGGAAAUGAGGUGCAUGCUGAAUAAAAAAAAGUCUGCAGACAUAAAAUCGAAUCCGCUAGCGCAGGACUGAGUCAGUUGGAGCUCAUUGGAAAAGAUCCAAGUCCUUCAAGGGGUAUUCAGAUGGGGGAGACGGGGGGGAUUGCGGAUCACGUGACCGCGACGUCACGGAUUAGAGAAUGGGCGUGACCGCCCAACAGGACAAACAAUCCCCCGGCGGUGAGGGAUAUAGCGAAAUUUCGGGCUCUUGUUUGGCCACAUUGUUGCACUUGCUCCUGCAGAGAGCGGCAGCGGGUGUACAGUCAGCACCUGCAUGGUCGUCUGCAGCUCGUCAUCAGCAGCUUGUCAAACGGGUGGUGCAAGCCACUAGAGUAGUCUAGUAACACUGGUCUCCCCCUCCGUUUGCCUCGUCCCUGUGAGUGGGGGACAUUUGUGGAGACUACUCCUCGCGAGCUGAUGUCACUAGGCUCCGCCUUUAUCCCCCGAGCCUUUCUCCCCCGUCUGAAUACCCCUUCAGUGGACAUAAGAUAGCCAGGCUGACUGUGAUGAUGACAGAAACAUGUUAAACUUUUUUCGUACCACAGCCUACAAGGGGCUCACAUUUAGGCUGAAAGUGCUUGCACAAACGUUUCUGAAGUGUAUUUUUUAUGUGUAUUGCCAUACAUUGAGUCUAAGAUAUGGCUGAGCCUCUACGUGGAAUGCAACCGUAAGGAUGUGUAAGCAACCCUUCAGAUUCAAAAUCUUGCACACAGUAUAUCUCCUCAUUAGUUAGGAAACCUUUAUUAUUACUUCAGUAUAGUAAAACCUUCUAUAUUACUCUGUAUCCAAAGCCAAAAUAAAACAGUGGUCCCAAC